AUGACGCCGGGUAACUCCGGCAACGCCCGGUUGCAGGAAAACUAAUGCACGUGGCUCGUCGGACUGGAAAAGAGAAGCACCGCCAGGCAAAGCGCUAAGGGUUUCUUCGGGAGGAAGCAGCCGGCCGGUUUCUGAGCCGGGCGGGGCAGGCGGCUUCCUCCAGCAGAGAACGAAAGUGCCAUGGCCGGCGAGGGUGCAUGCAGGACGGACUGCGUGGAGCGGCCGCUGUCCCGCUCGCUGCGGCGCCUGGGGGGCUUGGUGGGCGCCCACCCGUGGCCCUUCCUGCUGCUGCCCGUGGCGCUCUCGGCAGCGCUGGGCGCCGGCUUUGUGCAGCUGCCCAGCCGCAAGUCCAACGACAUCGAGGCGCAGUUCACGCCCCGCUGGGGCCCCGCCAAGGCCGACCGGCGCCUGGUCCAGGACCGCUUCCCGACGCGGGACUCGGAGCGCUUCUCGGCGCAGAGGCUGACCACCGAGGGCGCCUUCGCCUCCUUCGUGGCGGUCGCGGAGGAGCCCAGCCACACCCUCCUCACCCCCACGGCCUUCGCCGGGCUGCUGGCGCUGGACGCAGCUGUGCGGGGGCUCAACGCCAGCGGGCGCACCUUCGGCGAGGUGUGCGCCCGCACCGACGGCUCCUGCGCCAGCCCCAACCCACUGAUCAGCGCCGUCGGGGACGACCCGGCACGCAUCGAAACGCUGCUGCCCGGCCUCACCUUCCCGCUCUGGCGAGGGCAGGUCUACCUGGGCGCCUCCUUGGGGGGCGUCACGGUGGAUGCUGGACCGGCGGAAGACAAGAGCCGCCCCGUCCGGGCUGCCAAAGCGAUGCGCCUCUUCUACUUCUUGCAAGAGGACGAUGCUGCGCAGCGCGAGGCCAGCGUGAAGUGGCUGAAGGCCUUCCUGGAGCAGAUCCCCGACGUGCUGGCCUCCUUGAACCUCACCUCGGUGAAGGUGGCAUAUUUUACCUCGCUAUCCAGGCAGGAAGAAUUUGAUGAAAAUACCAAGGAAGCGAUCCCUUUGGUUUCCGUCACAUAUACUUUAAUGAUAUUCUUUUCGAUUAUGUCAUGUUCAAGGUUUGAUUGUGUACGAACAAAAGUGUGGAUCGCAGCCUUUGGGGUGUUGUCGUCGGGCUUGGCCGUGGUCAGCAGCUUUGGAUUAUUGCUCGUUUGCGGUGUGCCUUUUGUUAUCACGGUUGCAAAUGCACCAUUUCUUAUACUUGGGGUUGGUGUUGACGACAUGUUCAUCAUGGUGUCCUGCUGGCAACAGACUAAGGUCAAGGACAAAGUCAAGGAUCGAAUGGCUGCCACCUAUGCAGGAGCGGCUGUGUCUGUUACCAUCACAACUCUUACUGACGUUUUAGCCUUCUACAUUGGCAUCGCAACGUCCUUCCCAUCGAUUCAGUCCUUUUGCAUCUAUACAGGAACAGCCUUCAUCUUCUGCUACAUAUACAACUUGACAUUUUUCGGAGCAGUCCUUGCUCUAAAUGGUAGAAGAGAAGAAAGCAACAGACAUUGGCUCACAUUCAUGAAAGUGCCAACAGAAACCCAAGAGUCUCGUAGAUCUGCUUAUAAUAUGUGCUGUGUGGGAGGAUCUUAUAAUGAAUCCACUGGGGCAGAAUUUGAGCACCCUAUGAAUGGAUUCUUUAGAAAGCAUUUUGGUCCUUUCCUUAUGCAACCCUGGACCAAGGUGUUUGUGGUAGUCCUAUAUCUUGUAUACUUAGGUAGUAGUAUUUAUGGGUGCACUCGGGUUAAGGAAGGUAUAGAUCUUCGGCAUCUGGCAAAUGAUCGUUCUUAUGUCAUUAAGUAUUACAACUGGAGAGAUAAGUAUUUUGAAGAGUAUGGAGAAAGGGUUAUGGUCAUUGUUCCUGAAAGCAUACCAUAUUGGAAUUCAGCUGUCCGUGCAGAUCUUGAGAACUGCAUGGAGUUGAUAGAAAAUUCAACCUAUGUAGACAAGUAUUUAUCAGACUCGUGGCUGAGAUUGUAUGUAACAAUUGCCAACAGAAUAUCUUUGAAUAUAGAUAAUCGUAGUUCCUUCACUGGUAAUUUAUCUAUUUUGUCCAGAGUAAAACCAGAAUCCCAGUGGGAUGUAAACUUUACUGACCUGGAAAUAUCAGCAUCCCGUUUUUUCAUACAGAUAGUUAAUGCCACUACAUCAGUUGAUAAGAAAAAUUUUUUAGAACAACUGAGAGACUUUGCAGCAGGCUGUAAGGUACCGCUAAUAGUUUAUCAUCCAGCUUUUAUAUACUUUGAUCAAUACCUUGUGAUAGCUCAGAACACCAUUCAAAACAUUCUGAUUGCUACUGGAGCCAUGUUAGUUAUUUCCUUGCUGCUGAUUCCCAAUCCUUUGUGCUCGUUGUGGGUCACGUUUGCUAUUGGCUCUGUUAUUGUCGGGGUGACUGGCUUCAUGGCCUAUUGGGAUGUCAAUCUUGACACCAUAUCCAUGAUCAACCUUGUUGUUUGCAUAGGGUUUUCAGUGGACUUCUCUGCUCAUAUUUCUUAUGCAUUUGUUUCCAGUGAGAAGCCCAGUAUGAAUGACAAGGCAGUGGAUGCUCUGUACCACCUUGGGUACCCUGUUGUCCAGGGAGCUGUUUCCACCAUUUUGGGAGUAUUGGUGCUCUCCAUGUCAACCACUUACAUUUUCAGAACCUUUUUUAAGAUUAUGUUCUUGGUCAUUUUGUUUGGAGCUCUUCAUGGUCUCGUUUUUAUUCCUGUGUUUCUAACAUUCUUUGGCUUUUGCCCCCUGUUGCCAAAACACCAGUUUGACCUGCACAAUGAAAAUUCCCACACUGUUGAAAGUGUUAAUUAUGUGAAAGGUACCUCUAUGAAAAUACUCUAAGAAGAUCCUGGUCACCUGUAAAGACUUUCCUGCACAUAUAUGUGUUCCUACCUCAUUCUUGCCACCUGUCUUAAUAUGUCGGAAAUGUAGUUGUGCUCUUGAAAAUGGAAUCUUUGCUUAUCCUGAAAACCUUCAUGCCAAGUGUACUCUUGUUUCUUAAGGUCUGCUUUACACAUUUGCUUUAUGGGAUGUGUCUACAACUAACAAGCUGUGUGGCAUAGAUAAUUCAAGUCACUGUUAGAAUGCUUUCAAUGUUAAUUCUGAGGUCAGUGCCUUUAAAUUUUAGUAGAAGCACUAGAAUAUUGGAGCAAGCAGAAGUAUCUGUACAUUCUGGGAAUGGUUUUUCCCCCCAGUUAUAAAACAGCCUGAAUAGAAUCUCAGCAAAUAAUAAUUCAUAAACUAGACAUGUAGGGCUCUUUCGAUAUUCUAUGAAACUUCUAUCCCAGUUUUAAGAUAGGUUGGCACAGCCACAGGAUAAAGUAUAACAACAUCUACAACUUGACCUAACCUAGAAGCUAGCAUUUUAGGGAUCUUAAUCCAGCAUUUCAGGGAGAUCGAUUGAUACAGAUGCUUAGAUUGGAAAUAGGAACAAUGACCGCCUGGUCAACCCGGCUGCUAAAUGCAUGAGCUUGGGAUAUAACUAUAUGUUUAAUUCCCACCUGAGCCUCUUCCUGUAGGUACCUAAGAUAGGAGGCACACUGACCUCCAACAAACUUGUAGGACUCCCCGGGUCUGUAGAAAAAUCUGAAAACCUAAAAAUCUGUGCAUGUGUGGACAGCACACUUACAUGCUAAACUAGUGACUGACUUCAGGAUGUGCAGAUGCUGCACUAGCAAGAGAUGGAGGCAGCUGCUCUGGGACCUGGUGCACCACUGGUGGACAGAGGUGGCUGCUCUGAGCCUGGGUGUUCUACCUCUGGCCCACAGCACCUGCCUCUGCAGAGCAGUAGUGUGGCAUGUGCACUGGCUCCGUCCCCCACCGUCCUUUGCCAGCAUCUGCACUCCCUAGACCUGGCUGGUGAGGGGAGGCAGCCGCUCCAAAGGAAGACGCCAGCAGUCAUUGAUGGGUAAGUGGGAAGAGCUUCAGUGGUAGGGGGAAAGGAAAUGAAGCAAAGUGGGGGGAGGUGAUACACCCUCUUCACAAGUUUCUGGAAGAUCCCCCCAGCUUGUGAACUGUAUUUGUGACAUUCUUUGAUCUGCAAGUCAGAUUAUAGUCCUUCUGAACUCUAUUUGUGGAAAAAUUCAUGAAAUCAUGCGGCAGGUCUAUGUAAUGGUGGAGUUUUAGGCCAUUUAUCAUUGUCAAGGCUGCUUCUUAAUGGGCUGUUAGCGUGUAACAUUUUCCUUCCUGUAGGUGCCUUCAGAAUAACUCCAGUGGAGGUAUAAUACAUACGUGGUGAUAUUCCAGUGCUGAAACCUCUUUGGGAUCUGUAACCUCUGCAGUGGAGCUCUGCUUUCUUGUUCUAGAAUUGUAAGGGCUUAAUAGGAUGCGAUAACUUCUGUCCAAAGAAAAUAACCAAAGGUUUUUGUGAUACAAGUAAAGAGAAUGUCAAUGACAGCCAUUUUCAUGUCUUUCUGUUCGCUAUACAAGAUGGGUUUUGGGUUUUUUUUGGUAUAUUUGUUCUUAAUUUGUAUGGAUGGAUGUUUUUAGGAGAGUGGAUGUUUUUAGGAGAGGGUGGAUGUUUUUAGGAGAGUAUUUAGGACUGUGCUGGGAAGGUUUACUCUGAAUAAAAGCACCUGUGCGUGUGUGAUCAGUGAUAUGAAGUAUUGUAUUGAAACAGCUAUUUAAAAGAACCUGCAACUUGCUCUGUAACUUCUAAGUAAUACCUGUCUAAAGUUACCAGAAAUGUUUAAAGAACCUCUCUGUAAUAUCAAUCUGAGAAGAAAGAUCCUGAAAUUAAACUUCUAAUUCUGUUUUACUGUUAAAAA